GUUGUUCUUACCUAACCAGUGACCACACAUCACCUGACCACACAUCGCCUGACCACACAUCGCCUGACCACACAUCGUUGUUGCAGGUGCAGCAGCGAGAUGUGCCAGGUAUCGACGCUGCGUACCUCGCCAUGGACACCGAGGAGGGCAUGGAAGUUGUCUGGAACGAGGUGCGGUUCAGCGAGCGCCGCACUCUGCGUGAGAGAGAAGAGCUCAUCAAGGCUGCCUUCAACAACCUCACUGAACUCGACCAUCCUAACAUCGUCAAACUCCACAGCUAUUGGGUCGAUGCAGACCCUGAUAAACGCAGGAUCGUGUUCAUCACAGAGUAUAUGUCGUCGGGGUCGCUAAGAAAGUUCUUGAAGUUAACCAAGCGCAACGAUAAGAAGGUGAACGUGUCGUCUUGGAAGAAGUGGUGUAUACAGAUCUUGUCCGCGCUGGGAUACUUGCACUCGUGCACUCCCGCCAUCGUGCACGGUAACCUGACUGCAGAUACCAUCUUCAUCCAGUCCAACGGCCUCAUCAAGAUAGGAUCAGUUGCCCCCGACGCCAUCCAGAAACAUGUCAAGACUUACAAGACCGACUUGAAGAACAUGCACUACAUCGCUCCAGAGUAUGCCGAUGGAGGAGCAUUGAGCUCAUCAGUGGACGUGUACGCGCUGGGGAUGUGUGCUCUGGAGAUGGCUGCACUCGAGAUCUCAGGUAACGGAGACUCAGGCCACAACAUCAGCAAAGAGCUCAUCAAGCGCACCAUUGAUAGCCUGGAAGACAAAGACCAACAGGACUUCAUACGUCAAUGUCUGGCCAGUGAUCCCGACCAGCGUCCCGGCGUGCGGCAACUGCUCCUGCAUCCCAUACUCUUCGAGGUGCCUUCACUCAAGCUCCUGUCGUGUCACUCUCUGCUCAACGGCACCAAUGACCAGUACAGCAUAGAAGAGAUCCUACAGCACCAGUACAGCCCUGAGAAGGUGGUGGCAGAAGUCAGGCAGCGAAAUGCAGAGGCUCCCCUGCAGUACACCAUCGCUUGCGUCACUAAAAACGACAAGGAUCAACUAGAGAAAUUUGUGGAAGAUGUCCGAUACGGCGUGUACCCGCUGACUGCGUUUGGCAUCGACUGUGGCCGGUCAAGUGAAGACCGCGGGUCGUCACCCGACGAGUGCGAGUCUGUACAGCGCAGUGAAGGAGGCGCGCCUGGCAGCGGCAGCGGUCAUGUCGAUCCCAGGGUCCUGAAUAUGAUGUGUAAUAUCAAGCCACACGAGGAUGGAGAGCAGCUCCAUCUGACGAUCUCGCUGCGGCUGGACACGAAGAUGAACCGUCAGUUGGUGUGCCUGGUGACGCCAGAGGACGACGCCGUUGUGUUGACAGACGAGCUCGUACAGCACGAGUUCAUCGCUGCGCUCGACCACGCGAACGUGUGCAGCCUCAUUGAGGAGCAGCUUGCCCUCGCCCGCAAGAAGCCUCACCACCCCGACCUCAGCAACGCUAACAACAACAACGACAAUAACAUUAACCCGCCCGUUACGAGUAAUGGGCUUACCGAAUCCCAUGGCGUGGAGAAUGCCCCUAAUAAUCUAAACCUGAAUAACCGGCAUAAUAAUCAAAAUUCUGCUGCUGCUACUAUUAAUGGUACUACUAGUAAGUUGAAUACUCCUGCUGAUGACAGCAGCAUUAACAUCAAUAGUAAUCAGCAGCAGCACCACAAUGUCAUGAAUGGGUCGUCACCACACCGUAGCUCAGCCACAGGUACGACUUCCACUACUGCUGUUCAUACCACAAACAAUAAUUCAAACACAGCCCUUGUGAACGGUAGAGUCCACGGCAACCCUCAGCAUGGCCAGUUACCGCACCAGCAACACAAUUCUUCGGUGCCAAGAUAACACUCAGGAUGGCAUCACCUAAGGCGGUGUUUCUAUUCUAAGCGAACUUCUUCCCCUUACCGUCACUAUGUUAACAUUACUGUAUACCUUAGAGCUUCUCAAUCCUGUAGAGUAGAGUAGAUUUACCGAGCUGGCGCGAUGCCUGUCGUCAGUAGGUUACUUAUUAGUGUUCUAGAAUGUUGAAAAGCAUUAACUAUUGUGCCUGCUUCAUGGUUCGUACUGGGAGGUUUGUGGAGCUCGAUGUAAUGUUUCAUGUGCUCUAGCUGUGGGAGUGAAUAUGUGUCCGUGGGACUGGCUGUGCUCUAAUCGUUUGCCAGCGUCAAAAUUAUUUGACAACCCUUUCUCGAAUUUAUGUCCAAGUCUUCUGUUUAUGCAAAUUUAGCUUUAGAAGUAACGUGAUUUGUUGAAAGUUGGAGAAAUGUAAUUGUCAGUAUCUUUUCUUGCAGGUCAUAUUUCAUGCUUGCCUAAUAGCUUUGAUUUAUAUCAAACUUGUCAUUGCUGUCAGAGAAUUACCUAAUCAUUGUGCUUAGUAUUUAAUCUAAAUUGAUUCAUAUUGAAUCUCUUGUGCUCUAGUUGCUUGUGUUAAAAAUGCACCAGCUAAAUUGGAGUGCUACCUUCCACGAAGAUUAAACUUCUUGACUGUCGUAUUUACUGCAACCGUUGUUAGCUCGUAACGAGUCGAUCGGUUACUCUCGUGCAUGCCUAAGACUCAAGUCAGUCCUCUUGGUCGCGAUCAUAAUUGUGUCUCAAUAAUAUGUUUGAUGCGACUCAUGAAUGCUGUCGCUAGCUGAAGGUAAUAAUGCUAUGGGCGAUGUCGGUAGAGCGGAGAGUUCUAUGUACUUGGCUGUCUUAGGAUUAACUUCAAUACUGUGACCGAGAUAUAGUGGACCUACGAUAGUAUCUUGUACAUAAAUACUACUCUAGUUUAGCCUAGAAGAUAAAAUAUUCAUAGGUAAGAGGAGCGUGAGUGGUGGUUAUAAAACAGGGUGUCUCAAGUGUUUACUAUAUUUAGAUUCCCGUAUACUAUCUAUAUCCAAUCGAUAUAAACGAAUCUGGUUUUUAAUGCCAAGCGCGUCAUUCUCAUACUUGCUUUAUUCAUUAUAUUAUGAGAAGAUAAGUUUCUUACCGAUUUCAGAUUAUAUAGUGACUCCUUGGAGUGGCUGCGUAAUACUCAAUUAUUUCGUCGGUAUAAAAAUUUGUGGUCCUCGAUAUUUAAAAUCAGGUAGCAAUAUAUGCAGUACAUCGAAAUUCGGAUAUUUUGCCUCCUGCUUUUCUCGUUGCCAAUGUUGCAAUUAAUCGUAAUCAUAUGACGAGUUUGCUCAGCGUAGAAAUGUAAUCUUGAGAACUACUGUUUAAAGCUGUGAUCAUUUGGAUUAUAUUUUUCUGCUUCAGGAUUUCCAAUGCGCCAAUGCGGUCACUCACUGGGGAGUUAUUAAUUUACGAUAUUGUUUUACUUUCAUGAUUAAAUUCGUUAGUGCUAUAGCCUUACAACAUGUACAUGCAUAUGUUCGGAGCUGCAAUCGAUUUUUCAUGAUUACUUAUGACGCAUGUUUGAUGAUGUCAUUUAUUUCAAUAGAAAGUUGGGCUGAAUUCACUUAGAUUUCUGAGGAAAAAGUACGUAUUGUAAAUCUAGUAAUAACCUCGAACCUUAAAUUCUAAAGAAUGAUUUAGCGUAUCCUACUUAAUUUUGCUGCGUGCUUUGAAGAUCAAAUUUGAUGAAGUAAGAGCGAACUUGCCAUUUAUCUUGCAUCGUCAAUAGACCGAGGAGUGCUUGCGAAUCAAUGAUGUCGACCAUUCCCAUCAACUUGAAAGACAUUCCGGCUAUGUUUAGUUAGUCAAAUGACCUGCACUCGCAGGUUGUUCUGCUUUGACGAGCCAUAUUAGCCACAUUUAUUUAGUUUUUGUAUGCGAAGAGAAGUGUUGCAGCCAUCCAUUGAUGACUUCCAGAAGCGUCACGUUGACGCUCAUUCAUCUCAACUGAUUAAGAUGACUGCGAUUAAGUGGAUUAAGAUAUCUAUGUAAUUGUGGUGGACGAAGAUAUCUUGUCCAUAAGUUGGUUUAAGAUACCUAUAUCCAUAAGAUGUAUUAAUAUGUCUAAAUCUCUAUGGUGGAUUAGGAUAUCUAUGUCCAUAUUGUGGUGUUCUUUCCCCCGUUCGAUUAGCUUUGGCUAAUUGUGACAAGUUGUUCCGUGUCUUCGUUAUAUUUCAUUCAAUUUCGUUCGCUUUUUACUUGCUUUCAUACAAACUAUUUUGCUUCCUUUUCUUUGCGUUGCGAUUCUCCCCUCGCCCAGUUGGCCGCCUUCUUAAGAACAUUCUUACAUUUGCUUCAUGUCCAUGUAGAAGCAUUGCAGCCGCUAUUGCAUUUUAGUUAAAUUCUUUGUAUACUCGAGCUCAUAACUUGACUUUCCGUCGACAUCAGUUGGUGUUAAUUCUCCGCCCUUAUAGUCUCUGCCAGAAAUGUUUGCUCUUAAUUAUAUGUGCUCAGGGGCAGAGUGUGGGCAACCAUCUUCCCUCUUGCGAACUUCACCGCUUACGUACUUUAUUCAGGCGAGACCUACCUUCACCGACCACUAUUUUCAUUGGGGGAGCCGUAGAUCAAACUGAGAUAUUGAUUUGUAAAAUUUUUAGACGGUCUCAUUUUGGUCGAAUAAGAGUUUAUGUGAUAUGUUUCUUAGCCAAGAUUCUUAAUGCAUGUGGCCAUUUUAAGAUGGAAAUUAUUUGUGCUAACUUGAUGUUCUCCUUGUGAUACGUGGUCUUUUAUGCAUCAAGAUUCGCUCCGCGAUUUUUGUUACUCUCAAGAGUCGCGUUUGCAGUAGCGUCGAAUCGCCAUCAAACUAUUCUUCGUCGUUACAAAUUUUGGAGAUGACAUUUAAAUUUAUCGAAUCAUUUUUAAAUCUAUCUACACGAUCUUUUUGUUCAUUAUGGCUCAAAAUAAUUUUAUAAGAUUCCCUUCCUUAUGUAGCAGCGUCGUCUCUUGCUGUUUUGCAAUUAAGUUCUUAGGGUCAACGAAUAUUUAUCCUGUUAUUGCACGACAUUUUAUCAGACAACGUCAUUGCACUAUACUGGGCUGGUGUGCAUUGAGUGAUCUCGAGCGCCUUUACCAAAUAUGUCCAUUCAGACUGAUAUUCAUUUCUUUCAUAUCCAGGAUGAGCAUUGGCUGCUUCUUCCUGACUGGUCAUUUUCUGGAUGCCGAUGUAGAUUGCUCCGAUUCUGCGUUAUCAUUAUUGGGUUUUUAAUUUAGCACGAUAAUCGUUGAAAUUACUGUUAUUAGAGCGUGGCAUUAAAUCUAAUCAGAUGAACGCCGAUCCAUUUUUUCUUGCAGAUGCCGAUAAUGAUGUAGGAUAAGAAUAAACCUUUGUUAGUGAUGAGGUAUUAUUUGUAGCUCUGCAGUUCGUUUUUCGUCGCCAAUUAGCCAUUAUGCUUCGGUUAAGCGUAGGUCUUUAUGACCACAGUUGCGUCCCCCUGAGCGUGGUUGUAAAACUCUGCUGCGUUCUCAGUUUAGCUGUAUUCUUAUUAGGCAUUACGAGCAUUAUCUUUGUUUAAUAAAUUUGUUUUUAA